AUGGUCAGCCUAAACCUCAAGCUCGACGUCACGUUUUCCAACUUCAAGGAGUUCUACAUCUAUUAUCUGGCGAAGCACAUGAAGCAGACGACGCGGCGCUGCCACUUCCUUGGCACCCUCGUCGGCGCUGCUCUCCUGCUCGCAUCGGUGGUGAAGGGCAUCUCGCUGCCGUAUGCCAUUGCUGCGCUAGUCGCCGGGUACGGCAUUGCGUGGGCCGGCGACGUUGCGGUUGAGGGCACCACGCCGACGUCCUUCAAGUACCCGUGGUGGUCGUUUCGCGCCAACAUGCUGCUCGUGAAGGAGGUGAUGACAGGGAAGCAAUCAAUUUAG